AUGUCAACAGCACCCGCAAUCUACCCCAGCCUGAACGGCAAAACCGUCGUCAUCUCCGGCGGCGCAGAAGGAAUCGGCGCCGCGACCGUCGAGCGCUUCGCCCUGCAAGGCAGUAAAGUGAUCUUCCUCGACAUCGCGGACGAGGCAGCCCGAAGCACAAUCAGCAAGGUCAUGGCACGGACCAACGAGGUCGAAACACGCGGCGGGCCUCCGAUCCACCCGCCGGUCUUUUAUCAUUGCGACUUGAUGGAUCUUCCCGAGUUGCAAGCGACGGCUGCACAGAUCCUGGAACAGCACGGCCCGGUGCACGUCUUGGUCAACAACGCCGCCGCGACGGGCAGCGGUGCCCGUCUUGCUACGCCUCAGGUCACGUCCGAGGCGUGGGACCUCAACGUGAACACUAACCUCCGGCAUGUGUUCUUCCUGACCCAGGCCUUUGUCCCGGGUAUGAAAAGCUCCGGCGCAGGGAGUAUCGUCAAUUUGGGCUCCAUCUCCUGGCGUAUCUCGGCCGCUGGUCAGCCGGUUUAUGCGGCGUGUAAAGCGGCGAUCAUGGGUCUCACGCGCGUGCAGAGCAAAGAGUUCGGAGGCGAUAAUAUCCGGAUCAAUAGUGUCAUGCCGGGGGCUAUUGCGACGGAGAGGCAGAAGAGGGAUGUCUUGACGCCGGAGUAUCAUGCGGAGGUCUUUCAGAAUCAGAGCAUUAAGAGGGAUCUGGUUCCGGAAGAUGUUGCUAAGGUGAUUGUGUUCUUAGGGAGUGAUGAGGCGAGCGGCGUCACGGGGAGCUCGUAUGUUGUUGAUGGUGGGUGGGCCAGUGAUCCCUGA